AUGGCCGCCCCCGUGCCAACAUUUUCUGAGAACCUGGCGUGGACGGCUGAGAGCACCGGGUACUCGGCUGAGAAGAUGGGCCACCUGAAGCUCCGCGCCAUGAAGGGCUAUCCCCUGAGCCACGAGGUCUGCCGCCUGAUGAUGGAGCAAUUCCGUGAGUUCGACUACAAGGGCGACGCCACCUGGCCCGUGAGACAGCUGAGGGACUUGGCAACCUACUGGGCGAGGCGUUUCCCGCUCUUUGAGGUCAUGAUGACCACGUACUCGGGCAUGCUGAGCGGCCAGUACCGCACCCGCACGAACACUCUCGUUGAGCCCCCCAUGAGCCAGGAGUUCGUGUAUGAGAGGGUCCAAGCCGCGGCCGGGGUGCUCAUGUGGGAGGCCCUGAGGCGCCACUUGUGGUCGAGCGCGCGGAAUCCCAAGAUGAGGAAGAAUGCCGUGAUGAUCCUGGAGUACUUGAAAGUCGCUGAGGAGGCGGAGCACGUCUGCUACAAGCUCGUGGUCCCGGCAACUGAGCAGCUCCUGCGCUUCAACACUGAUGAGCUCUACACCGCUGAGCCCCCGCGCCAGCAGCUGAUUGGUGAGGUCUUCUGGCUCGGCCCUGAGCUCGAUGCACUCGUUGAGCCCAUUCAGAACGCCAUCCAGAUGAGGAUUGCGGCGAGGCACCGUGAGCUCCGGGCUGAGCUCUUCCCGGGCGAGGGCGCGCAGGCUGAGGGCACCCGGGCGCAGGCUGGCGACAUG